AUGAAGACCUUCAUAGCAUUAAUAGUGUGUGUGGCGGCAGUUACCUGCAAACCUACGAAUUCUGAUGAUGAUGUCAUCGGUUCAGUUGUCGGAGUCGUCAAGAGUUGUGCAGAGGAAGAUGUCUGGAUGUGUCUCAAGGAAAAAUCUCUCCGAUUUGUCGAGAACGCUGCUUCAGCUCGGGAAUUGAAAUUGGCCGACGGUCUCACCCUAUACAAUGUUGGAAGCACACGUUCUGCGAGGUCCUAUGAACCCCUUCCCGAAGAUCCUCAAGCUAGGGAGAACCAGGUGGAAUCCAGACUAGUAGAUGCUGCUGCUGAUUUUAUGGAAAACCAUGUUAUCCAGCUUCGCAUGCCCAAAAACACUGUUGAGGAUAUGAAGAGGUCCCUCGAGGAAGGCCGUGGCAAGAAGAAGAAGCUGAAGCAGCUGUUGCCCAUCCUUGCUCUUCUCCAGCUCAAGAUCCAAUCGCUCAUCCCUCUGUUCCUCGGUAUCAUCGCCUUCGCUGCCAUCAAGGGUCUAAUGCUCGCUAAGGCUGCCCUCGUUGCUUCGGCGUUGGUCCUCCUCAAGAAACUUCUCUCCAAGGGCGAACACCAUGAGAGCUACGAAGUUGUUGCUCACCCACACCAUGAAGAGCACUUCAGCCAUGGCGGCGGUGGUGGUGGUGGCCACGGCGGUUGGGGCAGAUCCGCAUCGGAUGCUCAAAACUUGGCCUACAAUGCCUACGCCAACUAA